CUUCGACUUCGAGAAAAACCAAAUGAGAAAAAGCUGAUCCUGUUUACUUGCAGAAGUGUUUGUAUUUGCACUCAUAUUUUGGAUUUCGCUCUGUUUCGACGUUGUCCUCCAACGCGACCUGACGUUCAUUUUAUUUCACAGGCACCCCUGAACCCGAUAGAGAAGAGAUGAUCCCGCUUUUACACCCUUCCUGUUUUCGAGUUCCCCAUAGUUCUUCUAGUUGCGCACGACCGAGGCAGUUAACCCAUACCCAAGCUUUUUUAGUAAGUAUAGUAGUACACGAAGAUUUUGUGAUUUGACUGUGGAACCACUUUAGGAGCCACGCUGGCUUUCAGUAAAGUUCUGUGUACAAUAUUGGCUCUGGUCUUAUCCUUCCUUGGUGAAGUUUUGUCUGUGCCAGUUUGAUACGUUACGAUUAGUACAGUCUGAGAUCGGCGCGAUCAACCCACCAACCCCCUGUAAACGCCAGUUAUCCCACCUCCGAUGCUACAAUCACGAAAUCAACAUGUCGCUUGCGAUUACAAAAAAUAAUUCGCACAACCACUACUACUACAAGAAAUCGGUAUCGGGGGGCAUGCGCAGUCCGCUCUCGAAACUGUGUGCUUUUGUCGCAGGACCACUACAUCUUCUUCACACGUGGUAGACGUAGUUGCAUCAAAAAAUGCCUGCUGUUACUGGUACUACGCCGGCUACUCCUCCUGAUGGGGAGCAAUUUCAUUCCGACACUGCUAGUCAUCUGGGUGGAAUCCUUGACGUUGAGAACGAUGGACCGCUCGUUCCUGAUGGGCCAACGCUUCUUGAGGACGGUGCUGCGUCCUCUUCUUCUUCCUCUCAACAAAGAGCUGUAGGUCCGCGACCAGAAGGAGAGCAGCAGACUCCGAGGCCAGCAGCACAAAGUGAAAGCAGGGCAUUGCCUAUGUCGCAUCAGGGUAUAGAUUGAAGAUAACCUGAGUGCAACUUGUUGACUUGAGUAUAUGUCCGCUGUGUCUACGUACUUCGUGUCAUUUAACAAGUUUCCAAGACGAUGUGCACAAGAACUAUGAAAAUCGCAGAGCCAGUGUAGUUCCCCUGCUGGUGAUCAUAGAGAAUUACUUUUACGAAUAAAAAAGAGACGACGUAUAAUUUUCUCAUUCUCUCAUUUUUCAGGCGUGCUGCAGCGACCUCUAGCGGUGGAUAAUAGACUCAAGGGCAACGGACCAGUCAGCCAGAAGAAGAAGAAAGCGUCUUCCGAUCCAAAAAAUGGUACAACGUCAUCCUCAAAAGAUGCUCCUCCUCUGCGUCACCCCAAAGCAGCGGCGACGGCCCCCCUAUCAACAGGAACAAGCGCUUCUAAACCUGCGAAACCCAUCAGCGGCUCUCGCCAGCCGACAACGGAUGAGGAAAAACGAAUUUGGAAAAAUUUCUACAUCGCGCUGCAGAAAGUAGUCAGAAAGAGGAAACGGGCACAGCUGUCCCAGCUGCGCGAGGCCCUCUUCUUCGCUGCGGCAGCUGCAGGUGUAGGUCUCGAAAAGGUGGAAAAAGACAGAGACUGUAUAAUUUUGGAGGAAGAACAACUCCUGGAGCUCGAGGCCUACAUUGGGCAAAAGUACAAGAAGAUUCGGCAUUUUCUCGAGGACUGCCUGUGCUGGUUCCAGCAGGACGGCGGUUCUUCUUCUACUUCUACUGCAGGUGGACCACGACCUGUUGUCAAACAGGAGUUUCGAAAACCCAUAGCGGCCGAACUCAAGAGCUGCGAUAUUUUCUUAUCCACUGAUGAGGACCACGGCGUGGAGGUGGAAGUUUCGUCUCUGCAGGCGUUGCAGCUGAUACCCGAACCAGCGCGAACCGAUUUUUACCUUGUUUUGGUCGAGCAGGAUCAUCAUAGCAGCGCUCCAGCAGAUGAUCCUCGUGACGCAGACGCAGUGGCUACAGGAGUAGAUGUUGGUGAGACGGCACAAGCGCAAGCCCUCGUCGUGAACGAGGAAGAGAAUGCAAGCGGCGCAAGAACUACUGGCGCACAAGGAAGCGCAAAGCCAAAGGCUGUAGCAAAAGGGCAAACGCAGCUGCGUCAGCAAGAGGACGAGUUCGUGGAAAAUGCACCUCGAAGAGAAGGUGCGAAGCAACAGGUAGAAGACGGGGAUGAAAAAGAUAACCAGGACGAAAACGGAAUCCAGAAACAGAAAGGUAGAAGGAAGGAAAGGACAAAAGGCAGCAACAAGCAGAAUCUUCACAUCAAAGAAAUACAACUUUCAUCGGUUGGAGACGGCGCGAGUAAGUACAGCGGCCGAGGAGGAGGUGCAACGUCUUCUAGUAGUAAGCAGGCUCCUGGUCCUUCGCGCGGCUCGUCCUCGGGGGGAGCUCGUGUCGUGGAGAUUCUCACCGGCGGCGGGAAACAUUUGAAACAUGGUAAAAAACUCAGCGGUGCAAGAAAGACUGGCGGGGGCUAUCAUGAUAAUACUAAGCAGCAGCAGGUAAUAGAUCCACACUAUCUCUGGACCACACAGACGGGAGCAGAUCUUCCUGUAACUACGACUUCCGGGGCGGAAUUUGCGCCGAACCCCUACCAGUUUGUGGACCACCACGACAUCAAUGCGGCGGAUAGAAGCACAUCAACCUCGGCGCACCUCCUGACCCCUCCCUAUCACGACAUCAACUCGGGAACCACCGUGCUUGCCGGCCCGGAUGCGAUGGGUGCGUACUACCCUGUACCGAUCUCCUCUACAGCUGGCAGUGCCGUUGUUGUAGGGGCUUCUGCUACAGCUGCGUCAGGAGCAGUCGGCGGCGGAGGUGCGGCCCCGCCGGCGACGACCUAUUACGACACCUACAACGGUGGGUACUACAGCUAUGUCAACGUGGGUGGACAGCACGUGCUUGUGGAUCACAGACACGACCACGUUGUGCAGCCGAGAACAACUUCGACACAAGCGAGAGGACCACCUAAUACGGGCUUGUUCGUCGACCACACCGCGUCACAGCAGCAACAGCACAUGCACAGCAACUACCCGCCGCUCUUUCAUCAAGGCUUCCAGACUUCUGGCGGAUUGAUGAAUCAUAGCUCGGCCUCCUCCAGUCAUGUCGGGACGAACUUUCGCGACCUAGCUGUUGCUAGUACGGGGCAACAGCAACGACCGCAGAUCCCGGGAUCCGCUUCAGCGGCUGCGCAACAAUUCUCAAAUAACACCGCCAGAAGUAGCACAAGUCCGGCUACAACUACACCAUCUUACCUCCCGCACGAGGACCUCUUCUACGCGGCGGCCAGUCAUUUCCAGCUCCCCGACGUGGAGGAAGAAGCGGAUGAAGAGGUCCCGCCACCUCCACCCCCGCCCGCGUUUUUCUCGUCGAGUAGCAGGGAGAAUCUAGGUCAGAAUAUUCAGCGAACUUCAAGCGCAAGAACGGCAUCAACUACAGCGAGAAAUAAGGAGGUCGGAGGUUCUCCAUCUGCAGCUUCGUUGAAGAGUAGAAUUCCAACAGUGCCGCCACCGGAACAACAUCUUCCGGUCGUUGCAGCAUCUUCGGAACAAGACCAUAUGAAGUUCACCGACGAGAAAAAAAAUGCUACAGCAACCGCCACCGGUGCGAACAAGAGACGACCAUCAACAUCACCAGAGCUGCUUCAACAUCGGACGGGUAGUCGUACUUCUAGGACGUCGAACGCUAAGGAUUACAACACCGCGAGCAGGAGUUCUGGUAGUGCCACAUCAGAACUACAGGAUCAGGAUUUUGAUCAUACAUUGAAGCAGCGACUUCCACCGCGGCGGGCAAAAACAGUUCACGAGAUGGUCUCCACUGAGUCGCGGCGAACUAGGGAUCAUCCUCCGGAAGAGAAGGAAAAUGAGGAUGACAAGGGCGACGGAAAGAAUUGCAGUUUGAACGUGAAGAACGACGAAAUCACGAACGCCACCGGUUCGGGCUUGUCGCCUCCAAGCGGUAAAAAUCAAGCGUCAAAAAGGCGCUGGAAGUCGGAAACCGGACGAGGAGGUCACGGAGGACCAGAAGAGAACACGAUCAAGGCGCAAGAAGUAGAUCCAGACGGGGCAAGGACGAGUACGAGCGCUGCCGCUCUGGAAGAAGAAGAACCGGAGGACACCGCGCGUGUCGCUUCCCAGAAGCUCGUGGAACAGCACAAGGGACCCCCACCACUACCUGAAAACAAGCAACCAAGACGACAUCCUUCUGCAUCUUCGAGCAGCUCCUCGUCUUCCACCAGCGCCGGCAAUGUUAAACCUGAGACAUCAGAGACCACGACCACGGUGAAAAAUAAAACGAGCACAUCGAAAGCGAAAAAUCGCAAACACUGCUCCCUCUCUGCCAAUCUCGAUCUGCUUCAUCACAAAGUGGAAACGACGACGCGCAGAAAUCAGGAGCAGCAGGGCCAGAUCGAAAAGUUGGAGACCGAAAAGUCCUUUCUGCUCACAGAGAACCAACAGUUGAAGCAACAGAACGAGGAACUGCAGCUGAAACUGGAGGUUGCCGGCUACAACGAUGCGCGCUUGUCCAACCAGCUACGCAAGAUGCGGGUCGAGAAUGUGGAGCUGAAGAAGCGCAUCGCGGAGUUCAACCAGAAGGCGCACGAGACGUACCUGAAGUCCCUCGCCGACGCGAACUGGUGGAGUUUGCAGACCUUGCGGGCCGACAGCAUGGAUCUGAGUCAAGUGGUCGCGACCACGAACCUCGGGGGAGGUCGGGGGCCGACGACGGGAGGUGGAGCGGGGGACACGAUAAAGGAGGUGGAUGAGGAUAGUUUAAUGAUGUCAACUUCGUCAACGCUGCAGCAGCCAGCCGGGGCGGGCGCGCGCCAGCAACUCGUGUCAUCUGGUGCUGUAGUUUCCACUUCGCAUCAACAAACUAGUACGAAUAACCAUUUGGUGCAUCAACAUCAACCCAUCGCGCCACCCCACACACCCGUGAUGAACAAGAACAAUCACCAAAACGUUGCGGGCGGAGGUGGACCCCUCCUGGUCCAGGGCGGCCCGGGCGGGGAGAUCUUGUCGUCCGCAACUCACAGCAGUAGUUCGACCAGCACCGGCGUGGCCGCGACUUCAAAUUCAACAAACCAUCCAAGCAGUGCGGGCCGGUCCAGUACGUCCUCCGGCAAUUCGAAUUCCCUGCUCUCCCUGCUCGCGAACUCCAGUCCGCCACCGCAUUUCGACCUCAACGCGGGCCUGGUUGGCGGAGGCGCGGCGAACAACCUUGUUUCAGCUGGUGCGAAUGGGGGACCAUGUAGUACUUCUACUGUUCCUACGCAGUCCUCGCAAGGCGUCGCAGCCACGAUUGGCACGAUGGACCACCAGAGCCUGAGCAUGAACACUGGUCUUGUGCAGCAGGCGCAAGAGCAGCAGCACCAGAUUAUCUUCACCCACCCCGCGAUCCAAAGCUCGACGAUCCCCAUCACUCAAUUUGACUUCCGGACCGCGCAAAACAGCUCGGGCACGAGCACGGCGACCUUUUUGUCCGGACAGCAAACGCCGAGAUUCAUCCCGAUCAAUCACGCGGCCGCCGGCCCGGGUCCGGGAGGAGCUGCAGCUCCUCCAGGACCGCACAACAACUUCGGCGUCCCAACCGGGACGACGAUGAAUGUAGCACAGGCCCUGUACCAAAAUUCCAAUUUGCAGAGUGGCACGGUGUCCGGGAUCCGCAGUGGCGUCGUCACACCGGGGGCGGCUAGUAGUGCUGCCAACGCAGCCGCCGCGACCGGGAGCAACCCGAUUCAUCAAAACAUGGGACUUCUGCUUCUCCAGCGCGACGACCGCAUCAUUAUUCCGCAGGGCAUCGUGCAACAGCAGAAGUCGCAGUUCGAUCCGCCGAUGGGGGGUGGGGGCGGUGCUGGAGGUGGUACAACUACUGUCCAGCAUCAUCAACAUCCGGGAGCAACUUCAAAUGUCUCUUUGCGCGGAACGAGUGUGAUUGGCGGGGGAGGCAACAAUAGCAAUGUCGGAGGUAGGGGAGGUGGUCCUGGUGGAACUGGUGGACAAGAACCUUCGCAGCACCAGCAAGUUGUAGUACCACAGCCGCAGCAUCAGUGAAUGCAGGGGCUGCUACAGCACCAUUGCGGCAGCAAACAGCAGUUCCAUGCAAGAAGUAGUUCUUGCCAAGAACUGCACACUUUAAGGGCAAAUGAUCAACUCUGGAGAAUUGAAAUUGUGUGGUGUACCAGAACUAAACACGACUCUGCUUCAUGCAGCUGCUUUUUACGCAAGACGCAACAGCAAUAGCGCGACUACAUUAACCUGUACCAAGUACAGGCAAAAGAACAACUUCGACUUCCGAUAUCCGAUGAACGGG